AUGGCGCAGGUCAAGGCCCUUGACGCCUUGGAGCCGUUUGUGGCCCUCGCCAAAUCGGCCACGUCCAGCCGCGCUGCCGUAGACCUGGUCGUGCGCGCCACUUCCCAUCCCGGCACAUACAUCUUCGCCGAGCUACUGCAGACGCCCGAGGUGCAGGCUCUAGCCAACGCCAAUCCCGAGCAUGCUGUCUACCUCACCCUCCUCCAGAUCUUUAGCUACGGCACCUACGCUGAUUACGAGCGUGGAUCGCUACCGAGCUCAUUCUCUCCGGAUUCCGAGGCAGCAACAACGACACCAUCCGCCCCACUGCCGCCGCUCAGUGAAACCCAGGCUAGCAAGCUUCGCCAGCUGUCGUUGAUCUCGCUGGCCACCGACCGGGCUAGCUUGGCCUAUGCUCACCUCGUGACCGAACUGCGGCUGACCAGCGCCCGCGAGCUCGAGACUCUCGUCAUGACAGCUGUCUAUGCCGGCCUCGUGUCUGCCACGCUCGACCCGGCCCGCGAGGUGGUGCGCAUCAGCUCGGUCUCUCCGCUGCGUGACCUGGCCCCGGGUGCCGUGCCGAAGCUGCGGGCUGCCCUCCAGACCUGGUCCGGACGCUGCGAGGCGACUCUGGCCGAUCUGGACGCCCAGAUCGCAGCUAUCCGCCGCGCUGCCGUGGCCAAAGCAGAGGAAGAGCGCCGCUGGGAUGCCCGGUUCAACAAUGCCCUAGAUGAUGAGAGGGCGAAAAUGAAGCAGUCCGAUUUGAUGGGAUCGUCACAGCUGGGCGCUGGUGGUGGCGUCAGCGCGUUUCUCUCCGGUGGGUCUUCCUCUGCGUCCACCUACGGAAAGAAGGCGAUGACGCUGAACAUGUCAAAUUCCAGCGGGCCGCGUGGCAAGCCGCGUUUCAUGAAGAGAAGCAGCAAUCUGAUGACGGACAACGGAAGUAAUGGUGCAGCCGGUAACAGCACCGACACUGCAGGUGCACUGAGUGGCAGCGCUGCGGCAGAUGAUGACGAGGGCAUGGACCUUGAUGACGAGGACGGCGAUACAGAAGCAAACAAGAGGGCUAGUCGGCGGAAACUAUAA